AUGGCGUUCUGCAGGAAGCUCCCCACUUUGCUCCUCCUUCUCUUCACAUUCUCAACUUGUUCUAACUGCAUCACAUUCACCAUCACCAACAACUGCAGCACUACCAUAUGGCCGGCCACGCUGUCGGGUUCAGGGUCGGCGGAGCUGUCGCCAACGGGGUUCCGGCUGGAGUCGGGGGGAAGUGUGAAACUGACGAGCGGGCCGAAAUGGUCGGGGAGGAUAUGGGGAAGGACUGGGUGCAAGUUUGAUGGGAAGGGAAACGGAAAGUGUGAAACAGGUGAUUGCGGGGGGAAGCUGGAAUGUGAAGGGAGCGGAGCAGCUCCUCCGGCGUCGUUGUUUGAGAUAACACUCGGUGGCGGCACUGACCAAGACUUCUAUGAUGUCAGCCUCGUCGAUGGCUACAAUCUUCCAAUGCUUGCUGUCCCAGCAGGCGUCUAUGGUGCCUCCGCCUGUAAUUCCACUGGUUGUAUUUCUAAUAUCAACACAGGUUGCCCUAAAGAACUCCAAGUGACGAGUGGGAACGGGAAGCAAGGAAGCGGGGGCGUGGUGGGGUGCAGGAGCGCUUGCGAGGCAUUUGGAUCGGACCAGUACUGUUGCAGCGGACAAUAUGCCAACCCAACCACAUGCCAUCCCUCCCAUUACUCAACCAUCUUCAAGAAGGCCUGUCCCAGAGCUUACAGCUACGCUUACGACGACACCACCAGCACUUUCACCUGCAGAGCUUACGGUUAUCACAUCAUUUUCUGCCCCUCCUCCGCCUCCAGGAUUAGAAAGCCAACUAAUAAACGCAAUGGAACGGCUCAGCAGGCUGGUUCCUCGAGUGCUCUCUUCCCCUAUUCAUGCCCAUUCUCCCUGUGUGUUGCCGCUCUUACUUUCUGGACUUCUAUAGCAACAUGGUCUUCACUAUGAAUGAAACCAUAUAAUACUCUCUCGGAUGGGGAUGGUGAUCAGUUGAGUAUGAUUCUUGGAGAACUAUGCGUGCAUUCCGAAUCAUAAAUUACUCUUCCGUUGCUUCA